AUGUCGUUAUCUGGGUCCACCAAGUUUCGGAGAGCAUUUUCGUCUUCCUCUCAAUUCCGCUAUGAUAAGUGUGCUUUGCCCAAGAAUUUUAAUGCCAAAGAUUCUAUCCUGUCUCGUCUUUGCGAGGAUAACAAAUUUGAAGAGGCCAUUGAUGUUUUGUGUCGAGAAAAGCGCGUCAAGGAAGCGGUUGAGUUGCUCCAUCGCAUUGAUCGACCCUCUGCUCGUAUAUACUCCACCCUCAUUGCUGCUUGUGUUCGCCAUCGAGCUCUUCUAGAAGGUAGGAGGGUCCAUGCCCACACCAAAGCAUCUAACUUUGUUCCUGGGAUUUUCAUUUCUAAUCGUUUGCUCGAUUUGUAUUCCAAAUGUGGGAGUCUCGUGGAUGCCCAAGUGCUGUUUGAUGAAAUGGGUGACAGGGAUUUGUGUUCUUGGAAUACUAUGAUAGCUGGUUAUGCCAAAGUUGGCCGGCUUGAAGAAGCGAGGAAACUGUUUGAUGAAAUGCCCCACAGAGAUAAUUUUUCUUGGAACGCUGCUAUAUCUGGUUAUGUUAGCCAUGGUCGGCCUCGGGAAUCUCUGGAAUUGUUUAGAAUGAUGCAGAAGCACGAGAGUUCGAAUACAAAUAAAUUUACAUUGUCCAGUGCUUUGGCUGCUUCCGCUGCUAUUCCAUGUUUACGUGUUGGGAAGGAAAUCCAUGGUUACUUAAUACGAACUGGGUUGAACUUGGAUGAGGUGGUUUGGAGUGCUCUUUUGGAUCUAUAUGGCAAGUGUGGAAGUUUAGAUGAAGCCAGGGGUAUUUUUGACCAGAUGGCAAACAGGGAUGUAAUUUCAUGGACUACCAUGAUUCAUAGAUGCUUUGAAGAUGGAAGAAGGGAAGAGGGAUUUUCCUUGUUCAGAAACUUGAUGGGGUCAGGCAUUAGGCCAAACGAGUAUACAUUUGCCGGAGUUUUAAAUGCAUGCGCUGACCCUGCUGCUGAACACCUGGGAAAGGAGGUUCAUGGGUACAUGAUACGCAUAGGGUAUGACCCUUGUUCUUUUGCUGUAAGUGCCCUUGUUCAUUUGUACUCUAAAUGUGGAAACACUGAAAGUGCAAGAAGGGUUUUCAACCAGAUGCCUCAGCCUCAUUUGGUAUCAUGGACUUCUCUAAUUGUUGGGUAUGCUCAGAAUGGUCAACCGGACAAGGCUCUUCAGUUCUUUGAAUUACUACUUCAGUCAGGUACUCAGCCUGAUGAAAUUACCUUCGUUGGGGUUCUUUCUGCAUGUACUCAUGCUGGAUUAGUAGAUAAAGGGUUAGAAUAUUUUCAUUCAAUAAAGGAGAAGCAUGGAUUGAUGCAUACUGCUGAUCAUUAUGCAUGUGUUAUUGAUUUAUUGGCACGAUCUGGCCGAUUCAAAGAGGCAGAGAAUAUCAUUGAUAACAUGCCUAUAAAUCCUGAUAAAUUUCUUUGGGCAUCCUUACUUGGAGGAUGUAGAAUACAUGGGAAUCUUGAAUUGGCUAAAAGAGCAGCAGAAGCAUUAUUUGAGAUAGAGCCAGAGAAUCCAGCUACCUAUAUCACUCUGGCUAAUAUUUAUGCUAAUGCUGGUCUGUGGGCCGAGGUAGCCAACGUUAGAAAGGCCAUGGGCAAUAGGGGAAUAGUAAAGAAGCCUGGUAAGAGCUGGAUUGAGAUUAAAAAGCAAGUGCAUGUAUUCCUAGUAGGAGAUACUUCCCACCCCAAAAUAAGUGAUAUACAUGAAUUCUUAGCGGAACUAUCAAAGAAAAUGAAGGAAGAAGGCUAUGUUCCAGACACAAACUUUGUGCUACAUGAUGUGGAGGAGGAGCAGAAAGAGCAAAACCUCUUUUACCACAGUGAGAAGCUUGCUGUUGCCUUUGGAAUCAUUUCAACUCCACCAGGAACUCCAAUCAAGGUUUUUAAAAAUUUAAGAACUUGCGUAGACUGCCACACUGCCAUGAAAUAUAUAUCAAAGAUUGUUCAAAGAAAAAUAAUAUUAAGAGAUUCAAAUAGGUUUCAUUGUUUUGAGGAUGGAAGUUGCUCGUGCAUAGACUAUUGGUAGUACCCCACAUCAAUAGACUUGCUAAACAUCAAGUGCAUUGCUAUCUUUCAAUCUAUGAUUUUGCCUGAAAACACAGCCGUAGACAGUUGUAUUGAUCAGCUUCAUUUUCCUCCUUGUCAUUUGAAAGGUGUUGCUUUCAAUUGAAAUUAUUGGAUGCCGCACUGCUGCAAGAUAUGAAAUGUUCAAUAAAGAUCAAGAUCUAUGUU